GAACCCGCACUUCAGGAAGAGCGGGCGCCGAGAAACACCGUUGCUCUCGACCGCUUCGAGCCGUCCGCAGCAGCACUCACUCCCAUGUGCGCCGAGCCCCGCGUACGUGUCUACACGCGCCAUGCUCUUUGCCUGCUUGAGUUGAGGCCCGUUCCGUUGGGGUGUCCUCCAGCGCUGGAAAAGGAAACACGGUGACAUCAAUCAAGUCUGCUCAUGGCUGGUCCAGUGGAAGACGUGGUUGCAGGUCAGCGAGAUGCACUACUGCCGCUGUGGGCUGUGCUGGGUAUUGUGACCGGCGUGGUGGUGCUGUCGCUGCUCGUCAAACUGUACACGGUGUUGACCAUCGGCAAGUGCUCGUCCAAUGUAGACAUGACAGGGAAAACGGUCAUCAUAACUGGAGCCAACACUGGCAUCGGCAAGGAGACGGCUCGGGAGCUCGCACGGCGCAACGCGCGCGUCAUCCUGGCUUGCCGCAACCUGGUCAAAGCCAGGGAGGCCGCGGCUGACAUCUGUGCGUCGACGGGACGCAGCGUGGCGCUGAUGCAGCUCGACCUGUGCUCACUGCUCUCGGUGCGCCAGUUCGCCGCUCAGGUGGUGGCCAACGAACCGCGCCUCGAUGUCCUCAUCCUCAAUGCCGGCAUGAUGUCUCCUCCGAGUCGAGAAGAGACCGAGGAUGGCUUCGAGGCCACUUUCCAAGCAAAUCACCUUGGGCAUUUUCUACUAACGCAUCUUUUAUUGGACCUUCUCAAGAAGAGUCGGCCAAGCCGCAUCGUGGUGGUCGGCUCGUGUGGCCAGCUUGUGGGUCGGCUGAACACGGAUGACCUCAGCUUCGGGCCCUACUGGUUCCCACUGCUCAACUACUGCACCACCAAGCAGUGCAACAUGCUCUUCACGGUCGAGCUAAGCAAGAAGCUCGAGGGCACUGGUGUCACCGUAAACUGCUGUCACCCGGGAUUCGUGCGCUCAGAAAUCGCUGUUCGCAGCACAGACGUGCAGACGUGGCUUUUCAACCAGCUGCUAAGCUUCUACGGCAAGACGGUGAAAGAAGGUGCCGAGACAACGGUAUACCUCGCCGUUUCCGAGGAAGUUCAGAAUGUGAGCGGCAAAUACUUCAAAGACUGUGCACCCACGUUUGCCGUGCCGUGGGCCACGAACCCGGCAGCGGCGAGGAAGCUGUACGAUGAGUCGAUCAGGUUGACGCAGAUCGAGGAAGUCAUCUGAGAGGCUCGAACAAAGCGGGACAUUUCUGUGCUGUCGAUCUCAGCUGCAUCCUGGAUUCAACGGACACUUUCAGUGGCGUCAACGUCUACGACCAAACUUAACAAUAAAUUCCAACAUUUAUUGGGGGCGAGGAA